AUGGAGGGCUGCGGAAUGAAUUGUAUAAAGUAUCUUUUGGUGGUUUUCAACGCGCUGUUUAUGAUCUUGGGCAUCGUGAUCAUAGCGGCGGCAUGCGUGGACAUGGGCGUGAUCAAGGGGUUCGCGGGUAUGGAGACGACUGGUCACGAGACGGAUAUAGUUCUGAUCGUUAUCGGUGUCCUCAUUAUCAUUGUGGCUGCGUUCGGUUGCUUCGGUGCUUGGAAGGAGAGCCCUAAACUGUUGUAUAUUUUCGCUGGACUUCUCAUCAUCAUUAUCUUACUGGAGCUGUCGGUUGGUAUCGCAGCUGCUGCUUUACGUCCGCAAAUCGAAGGCACCAUGAAGACCCAAUUACGAGCCUCCUUCAUCAAGAACAAGUCUACCCGUGAGGAGGACUCAACCUACAGGGAGUUCUGGGACCGCGUUCAGAGCAGCCUGGAGUGCUGUGGAGUCACCGGUCCGGACAACUACGUGAAUUCGGAACCGCGCCUCAACCCCUCGUUCAGCUGCUGCCCGCCCGACGGCAGCGAGCGCGCCGACGAAAUCAAGCGCUCCGACUGCAUCUCGCUCAACAAAUACUACCAGCAGGGCUGCGAGGACAAAGUGCUCAGUACCGUGCACAGCGCUGGCAUGACUGUUAUCGUCUGCGGGAUCCUCUUCUGCUUUUUGGAGGAACUCGGCUCAACGUAUCCGCUUGGAGGUGAACGCUCAGACAAACAAAUCGAUAUCCCAACUGUUCCUCACCCUGCGCCAGGUUUAAAAGCAGUGGCACAGUUACAAGCUGACGAGGAGUCAGGAGUUACAGGCGAGCUGAUAUUCACACAGAUCAUUCCGCACGGCCCGGUGACCAUCGAAGGCAACGUCACAGGCCUGACGCCAGGUCUUCACGGACUCCAUGUCCACCAGACCGGUGCUAUCAAGGACAAUUGCAAGGAAAUCGGACCGCAUUUCGUAGCUUACUAUGGUCGUCACGGCGGUCCUCGAGAUCACAUCCGUCAUGUCGGCGACCUUGGUAACAUCAAAGCUGAAGAAGGCCAAACUUUAGCUGUCAAAAUCGUGGACCAUCUAAUUUCUCUAACUGGCCCACGCUCUAUUAUGGGCAGGUCCAUAGCUAUAUCGAAAAGUGAAGAUGACUACGGCAGAGCUGGUACUGAGGAUAGUGCUCUCACGGGCACGUCUGGACCGGCAAUCGCUUGCGGGGUUAUUGGAUAUUUGAAUUAAUUACACAUUAAAAGUUCGUUUUCUCUUUCUAAUCGAUCAGUAAUUGAUUAAAAAGAGUUAAAAAUUUGAACCUUACUUGUACUGUUUAUGUCUUUUUAAUCAAAAGAUUAUAUUUAGAAUAGGUAAAGGUAUAACCAGUAAAUUAGUUAUAUCCCCGGACAAUAGUUUAAGCUUAUUUCUUUAAAUAGUAAUAAAUUUGUUUGUAUAACAAUGUACAUAACACUGUUAAUCAUGUAGUAACUAAGCUAAGUUUUAUAUACAAAACAAUAAACAAAAAAUAAUUACAUA